AAAAUUUUGAUGAACAAUUCACCGAAAGCACAGCCAAUUACAAAAAAACUGUACUUGAAGUCUCUUUCCAAGAUUUCCCAGCUUGAGGAGAGUAUUAAAAUACACAAAAAUACGAUCGAAAGUCUAGUCGUUCAAAUUGAUGACCUGAAACAACAGGAUAAGGAUAAUAAUCUAAUCCUUCAAAAACUUAUUGAUCAGAACAAGAACGAAUAUUUCAUAGAGAAACGUGAACUGGUAGCAAAGAUUAACUCUUUGAGGGAUCUCUUAGAGCACAAGGAGUGUCAGUUCCAGGAAAAAGAGCUUAAGUGGGCCAGAGUGGAUGCACUUAUAACUGAACAUGCGAGAGGCGAUCCUUCCUUAUUAGAAGCCCUAAAUGAAGCUCAGUAUUUGUGUGACAAUUUUGUAACGAAUCGAAAAAUUUCGACGGUAAUUACGGAAAAUGAGAGACUUAAAAGCCAAGUUGAAGAAAUGAGAUCUGAAAUUGCUGAGAUGAGGACGAAUCUUACUCUCUUAGAUUUUGCUGAUAACAAAGAAACUGAAAAUAUUUUUAUUGAAGAGCCUGUUAAAUUAACACACAAGUCUUCAAAGAUCAUUCACUAUCAUGACAAUAUUCUUCAUGAGGAAAAUAGUGAAAAAUUUAGCAAUAGACCUAAGUUGCCUACCAAAUCUGUAGGGGUUAAAAACCCGAAGGGUUAUUUCCCAAAAUCUACCAAAGAAAUUUCGGAAAAUAUUAAAUUAAGGAAGGGAAGUCACCAAAAUGGACGACAUCUAGCCAUCCCAAAAGCUCCUUAUGCUCAUGAAUCAUCACGUGGUCUAGAUUCUGUGACAGAAUCUAGCAUUAGAGUGGCCAUCUUAGAAGAUCAAAGUCCUCAAGACUCCUUGUCCAGUAUAGAUGGAAGUAAUUCACCAAGAGGAAAUGAGUUUUCUGAUGAGAUCAAUGAAUGUUUACAAGGCUUCUCCUAAAUCUUUAAACGUGUGAAUUCCUCAACAAAGCCAUGCCUGGGUACUUCUUCGUUGCAGAAGUAGAUAAGAAGUACCUGUUGAAGGCUUUAUAUUCUAUAAUUUAUAUCAUAAUUCUUCCAAACUCAGCAUGUAUUGAUCAAAAGUUUUGAAACUUAAGCUUAAUGGUGACUAAUUUUACUCUCAAAAUUGACUGUAGGCAGUUUCUAUCAAUCUUCAGUAGCAUUAUGUUGCUGAUUCAUGGAAUCAUCAAAGUUAGGUAAACCUCAAGAAUGAGGAUAUAAUAGGACUAGUUGAGACAAUUAUAUCAUGUUUU